UACUGGUUUCUUGGUUUGAAAAUUUUACUGGUAAUGGUACUCUAUCUAACUAUGGUUAUUUUAAUUUCUUUUACUUAGGAAUUAGGAUGGAUGACAAUACUCAGUUUUCAGAAAGGCAAUCUAUAGGUUCCACACCUUCUAGCCAUGCAAAGACUGAUCCUGCAUGGGAACACUUCUCGUCUAGUCGUGAUAUUGACGGUAAAGUUUGUUAUACGUAUCUUUAUUGCAACAAUAGCUUUAAAGGUGGGGGAAUUAAUAGAAUGAAAUACCAUCUUGCUGGAAUUAAAGGUCAAAUAUCUCAAUAUGAAUGGUGGAAAUUGUGUGGAUCUAGUGCUCCAACUUUGCAAAAGAUAGCUAUUCGAAUACUUGGUCAAACAGCUUCUUCUUUAGGAUGUGAAAGGAAUUGGAGUGUCUUUGAACGUAUUCACACACAAAAAAAAAAAGAAAUAGAUUGGAGCAUCAAAGACUCAACGAUCUUGUCUAUGUUACGUAUAAUUUGCGAUUGAAGAAUAGGCGUUAUUAUAAGAAGAGGUCUUCUGAUCCAGUUGAUUAUGAGUGUAUUGA